AUGAACGCCUUUCAUGAAGAAGAUCAGUGUCAAACAUUGAAAUCUUUGAACUUUGACAAGGAUGCACUGCCGGUACAGCACAGUUUGGGCAUGUCCUGGGACCUAAACACAGACUCUUUCAAGUUCGAUAUCCAGGUCAAUACUAAACCGGAAACCCGUCGGGGCAUGCUCUCCACUUUAAACAGCAUAUUUGACCCGAUCGGUUUCCUAUCACCAAUCACAAUCCAUGGUCGUAUUCUCUUCAGGGAGAUUGCUACUGGUACCGGAUGGGAUGAACCUAUACCUACAGAGCAACUGGAAAAGUGGAAUGUUUGGACAAGGUCUCUGGAACAACUGAAGGACAUCUCCAUUCAACGAAUGUUCGUUCCUCUUUCCCUCAGCACAUCGGACGGGGUAGAACUACAUAUCUACUCCGACGCCUCGGAGAAGGCGAUUGCGACGGUGGCAUAUGUGGUUACUUUACACGAUGGAAUAUACCAUACUGGUUUUGCGGCAGGAAAGUCAAAGAUAGCCCCAGUUAGAGGACACACUAUACCUAGACUUGAGCUGUGCGCAGCCGUCAUGGCAGUUGAACUUGCUGAAUUUCUUUGCGAAUCUCUCCAUAUAUCUCUACAAUCCGUGAGGUACUACAGUGACAGUAAGGUCGUUUUAGGGUAUGUUAAUAACAAGACACGCAGGUUCUACACAUAUGUUGCUAAUCGCGUGGAAAGGAUUUUGCGCAGCUGUCGAGCAGAUCAGUGGUCAUACGUCAAUACUAGAGAAAAUCCAGCUGAUCUUGCUACUCGUUCUUCCACCAAGCCAGAGGAUUUUGCAAACAGCAACUGGCUGCGAGGUCCUGAACAACUCUAUAAAAACUUUGCUAUAACACCAAGGGAGUUUCCAUUAGUAGAGCCAGAUGAUGACAAGGAGCUGCGACCGGAAGUCACAGUAGCUUCCCGUAAAACUGUUUUAGAAGAAAGCUUCAUUGACCGCUUACAAGAUUUGUCUAACUGGCGCAAACUAGUGAAUGUCAUAGUCCUGAUUAAGAGAGCUGCUCGUCGCUUCAAGGGAAAACUUACCCCGGACUCUCCGACUGAGAGCACAACACAUCUAAUCAAGGAAUCUACUGCUGUUAUCAUUAGACUUAUUCAAGAGCAUGCUUACCAUGAAGAAGUUUUGUGUCUAAGGGAAGGAAAACAUGUGCCCAUGUCAAGUCACAUCAGGAAUUUGGACCCUUAUCUGGAUGCUUUUAGUCCAGCAUCAUCAUAA